CACAGGCAGAGCUAAACCACUUUGAUGAAGUUCUUGGCCUUUUCCGCUGUUUGAUUCCGCUCAUAUUCAUUGUUUCCUUUUUUAAAAAUCAGAUUUUCGGUUUAGGAUGAGGUUGAACGAUGGGGGCACUUUUGCAUAUUAUACCGCCCAGUUCAAUGUAAGCCACGGCACGCCUGCAAAACAAGCCUCUCGCAAGAACUGAAGAUGUAUCUAUGGCGCUUCUCCAUCGCUAUAACACUAGGCUUGGUUUGGUAUUUUACAGAUUGUGGCCGCACUAUUGCGCAAUACUUUUUAGGUUUUCUUUUAUGCUUUACUACCCCGCUGCUAUGGGGUAACGCAGGACGAGAGAGCAGCACCCAGACGGACGAGCACAGCCAGGAGAGAAGUCUUCUGGAAACUAUUGGAGAGCAGCUCUUUGGUGACUUGUCAGAUGGAGCAAGCGGCAGUAAACCAGAGUCACUGGAGUCCCACUACCCACAAGUUAAAGCCUCUCUGCAGCAAGUGUUUGAAUGUGCCUACGCUCAGCUUGUUCUGCCAUGGUACAUCGUCCCAGAGCCAUGUGAAGACCAGCCUCUGCACCAGGUGCUCAGCAGGGAGUUUGACUUUGUCAUUGAUCGCAUCAUUGACAGAGCCAAAGACUUUGAUGUGUGCCAGGCAGUUGUGGGUUCAAUCCGCAUUCUGACCCAGCACUUGCACAACGCAAGGCAGAGUGACCGAGUGCUCUUGUUCAGCUCCAGAGUAGAAGAGGUUGCAGUCCUACGUGAGUUUUCUGAUGCACUCGUUCGUAACCUUUUUCCCAAGAGCCUCUGGGGCCAAGAAGUCAACCAUUGUGCCUUAAAUGAGAUUGUUGCUUUAAAGGGGCUGGGUCUACUGGUGACAUGGCUGUCUGACCCAGACAACCUAAACCAUCUGGUGGUUAGCCAGUUGGACAGUGCCUCCCCUAAAGGUUCUUUGUAUGAGCCAGACCCUGAACAAACCUCUCUGACGUCUCAGGACUAUGAGGCUGAUGUGGAGCAUGAGGGAGAGGGCAGUGAAGUGAGCCUAGAAGGAGCAGGACUUGAGUCCAGCAACGGCAUCAAAGGCAAAAAGAGAGACAAAUUAAGAAAAGGAUGGAACAGAUUUGUGGACAAGAUGAAGUUGAAAAAGGCCAAAAAGAAGAAGAUGAAGCAAAUGGAGCAUGAGCUGGUGAGGAGGAUCAUGGCUAUUCAGGGCGACGUGCCCAAUGAGGAGGAUGUGAGCAGCCGUGAGGGCUCUGUCCACAGCCAGCAGGACUCAGACAGGGAGGACAGUGAUCUAGAAAACUACCUGACAAGUGUCCAGGAAGAUAUGAUGGAGUUUAAGCUGUCGUAUGAGAUGUGGCGCGUUGGACAGUGGGCUGUCAGCAUCCCCCAGGCUGACGUUGAGAAUGAGGAGCUCUUCUUCACAGUUCAUUUGGAGGAAAAGUGCAGCCCUGAGAACCUGCAGUGGGACAUACGGAAGUCUUAUCAUGAUGUCAUAUACUUCUACAACAGAUGGCAGGACUCAAGCAGUCUACCUACCAUCCUAAUUCUAGAGGAAAACCAAGAAAUGGAUGAAGUUAAGGAAGAAACUCGACUAUCAGUGGAGCACUUUCUGCAGGAGGUAGUUUCUGAUGAAAUAAUGGGCCACUCUCAACCAGUGUUCCAGUUUCUGUGUCCACUUGAUAAAUUGCUUAAUGAGGAGGUACAUUAUGGAGGAGUGUGGGGUCUUCUCAGUGGCUUGGCGUACUUCCUGACACCUGGGCAAGAAGAAGAGGAGAUGGGUAGUCCUCAAAAUGAAUUCCCCAAAGAGGUCACAAUGUCACAUCCCAAAUCAAAGUCUCCUCCAGACAGUCCAAGCAUUGCAUCUGCAAGAGAUAUUUCGAGCUCUACCAUACCUACUAUUAUUAUCUCACCUUGUGACACUGCUGAAGAGCCACCCAAAGAAAAUGAAGCAGAAAAUGAGUUGCCGUCUGCUACCACCUCUGCCCAAGACAGAACAGAAGACUCUGAUAAUCCUAUUACCUCUCAUUUUAAAAUGCUGUUUAAAGGGUUGAGCCACUCCAAGUCACAGGAGUCGCUAUCCCAACCCAAAAUCACAGAUGACGAGGAGCAGUCCAGUCAGAACAGUGAAGCUGAGACUGCAGAGGUUUCCACGCAGCAUUCAAUCUUUGCACGAUCAAAUAAAAAGGAGAAAAUAAGCUUCAAAGUGUCUAAUGGGUCAAGCAAGGCUAAAACAAAGGACCAGGGAACUUUACCGAGAGGAGAGGAUUACUCUGGUCAGAAGUGUCAAGCCAACUGGGAACAGCAGGAGACCACCAAAGUCAUAUUUGAUCUGCUCAAAGAGAUCUCGGGAAACUCCAUCCUUUUAAACAUAUUUGAUGCUAUCCUGAAACCUGUGAUGCCAAUUUUGAAAAAAAAAAUAAAUUCUUUCUUGAGCAAAAUGAACCCGACUGAAGCACAGAUGGCGGCAUAUAUCGACACGCUUCGUGCCAAACUGUGGCCGUCCAGUCCUGCAGCUCCAAGUGCUCCUCGCACAGAAGAAGAGAAAAAUCAGACCCGGGAGCGAGCUCACAGUCUCAUCAAUGCUAAAUAUUCAAAUGUUCUUGUGCUAAAGAAGACAGAUAUGGAGACAGUUUUUAAUAUUUUUCAGGACAGCGAAGCCAAUAAAACACUGGUUUAUAUGCUCCUGUCUUUCCUACUGAGGGAGUUUUUACCAAAUGAACAUUGCCUUAAUGUGAGUACUGCUGUUCUCCAAAAAGUGACCAAUAUUUGACCUGUGGAUUACUGAUAGUCAUUUUAACUUGUACAAUGUACUUGUACAAUAGGUUUUAAAUGCUUUUUAAAAUACUUGUGUUUUUACCUCAAAUGCAAAAAUCAUGCUGUGAACAUUUUCACUUUUUUACUGAGUAUAUUAUUUUUCAUAAAAACAUAUUUUGUCAAUGUGAACAUGCUUAUUAUCAUAUGCUAUGAUUUCUAAACUCAGGGGAGUUCAAUUGAAGUUCAUUAAUGACUGUUUUAUCUUUUCACAUUUUAUUUACUAAAAUAAUUUGGUGACUCAUGCACGUUUUUGUUACUGUUUAUUUUGAUUUACAUUUUACAAAGUACCAAAUCACAUGGUUGAUCAUCACUUCAGAGAAGAGACUGAAUCACUGUCAGAAUACACACGGAUAUUAUAUGUUACAAUGUAAAUUCAUACAUUCCAAAUAAAUGUUAAGGAAAAACACAGCUGACUUGGGGAGAAAUUAUGUAUUUUCAAAAAUAAACCAUGUGAGCUACUACAGACAUAAGUAAACUGAGCUAUGCAUAACAAAAGUACCCCAUCUGCUGAGCCAAAUGAUAGGCUGUAUCAAUAAAAUCUUUACUCACUGAA